AUGACAUUCAGGUCAGAAUUGGAGGAGUUAUCGAAUGAGGCUGAUAAGAGCGAGGACACGGAUGAUACGGGAGCAAGUGUGGAGGCAGCAGAGAAGCAGGAAGAGGAGAUAGUCACCAUGGAGGCAGCAGCAGUGAAUGGUGGAGAUGGAGAUGGUGUCAACACUUUUGCAGCAGCGAUCGUGGUUGAAGAUGAAGCAGUAAAUGCGAAGUGUGUGGGAGUUGAAGCUGUGAAAGGGGACAUCAUGGUGAAAGGAUCAAAGGUGAAUGCAACUGCAAAGGGGCGUGUGCUUACGAAAGAGGAACACGUUGAGGGGUACGAGACCCGAGAGGUGUUGGGUGCUAAGAUUCCGAGGAGAAGCGAGAGGCUUAAGAAGAUGCCUCAUGGUUUGGAUAUCAAGGCGCUCAACUUCAAGACACACAGACACCCGCCCUGCCUCGUGCCGCUGGCGCUCUCCAUACCAACCCGCGCCCUUUCUUCCUGCCCCCUCAUUUCCCCGCUCUCCCCGCCCUGCAUUUCCCUCUCGCCAGCCAAGAUGGCAGCAGGCACUCCCCUGUCUGACACCGACCGCCUGUCACCUCACCUAACCGCUCUGCCACCCCUCCCCUCGCCCCGUUCCUCCACACGUGUCAAGCCCCUGCUGAUUCAUUCGCGCUGUCCCCUUUAUCAUGCUCCUCCCCGCCACGCUCCCCCUCUCCUCCCCCGCCCCAUCCCUCUGGUGCUGGCGUGCUCCGCCCUCACGCCCGCGUACCGCAACGUGCUGAGGUGGGGAGAUGGGUGCAGGUUAGAUGGGGAUGUGGGGACCGCAGAGGCAGGGGAUGUGGGGACCGCAGAGGCAGGGGAUGUGGGGACCGCAGAGGCAGGGGAUCCGCAGCACACCAGCAGCACAGGCACACAACACUCUGCACCGUGCGCACCCCGCCUGCUCUUCAUCCUGCUGGACGUGCCUCCCCUCGUGCUGGCAGACAGGCUAGCCCAGCGGCACCACUCAGAGGGCCACUUCAUGCCGCCCUGCCUGCUGCCCUCACAGCUCGCGCUGCUGGCAGUGGGGGACGAUGAAGGGGACGUAGUGCGCACGCGUGCUGAUCGAGCUUUAGAAUGUGUGGUGGAUGAUGUUGUCAGUGUGGUUGCCGAGAAGAUUUAA